CCUGUUUUCCACUCAAGAAAUUUCUCUCUUCCUUUUCGGUCAAAUUCUGAACACGACGAUCAAUUGAUUCAUUGCGUAAGUCCUGACGUGGUGGAGGGUCGGUAGUGCGGGGUUGGUGAAGUCUACUGUCUACUUCCGCUACCUCACUCCACCAAUAUAAAAUCGAAACUCCACCGCUCAUCAUUUUCUCCAACCCACUUCCAGUUUUCCCCUGAAUCCGAGCGAAAGAAAAAAGCUACCGGAAUUUUAAAGGAAAAGAGGGCCAAAAAUGGCGUCAGUGAAGAGAAUUAAGUUAGGUUCUCAAGGUCUGGAAGUUUCAGCUCAAGGGCUUGGGUGCAUGGGAAUGUCCGCCUUCUAUGGCCCUCCAAAACCUGAUUCAGACAUGAUCGCCCUCAUCCACCAUGCCAUCAACAGCGGCGUCACUCUCCUCGAUACAUCUGACAUCUACGGCCCUCGCACCAACGAGAUCCUUCUCGGAAAGGCUUUGAAAGGAGGGUUUAGGGAGAAGGUUGAGCUCGCUUCCAAAUUUGCGAUCGUUUAUGAAGAGGGGAAGAGAGGAGUUCGUGGUGAUCCUGCCUAUGUAAGAACUGCCUGCGAGGCCAGCUUGAAGAGGCUUGAAGUUGACUGUAUUGACCUUUAUUACCAGCAUCGCGUUGACACCACCGUUCCAAUUGAAGUCACGGUUGGGGAGCUGAAGAAACUGGUUGAGGAGGGUAAAAUCAAGUACAUUGGUCUGUCCGAGGCCUCGGCCGCGACGAUCAGAAGGGCUCAUGCAGUUCAUCCUAUAACUGCAGUGCAGUUGGAGUGGUCCUUGUGGUCAAGGGAUGUGGAGGAAGAGAUUAUCCCCACUUGCAGAGAACUAGGGAUUGGAAUUGUGGCCUACAGUCCCCUUGGCCGAGGAUUCUUCGCUUCAGGGCCUAAACUUCUUGACAGCCUUGCGGAAGGAGACUUCCGAAGGAUGCAACCAAGGUUCCAAGGCGAAAACUGGGAUUACAACAAGACCCUCUUCGAGAGGGUUUCUGAAAUCGCAAACCGAAAAGGAUGCACACCAUCACAACUGGCACUUGCAUGGGUGCACCACCAGGGAGAUGAUGUGUGCCCCAUUCCAGGAACCACCAAGAUUGAGAACUUCAACCAGAACAUAGGAGCUCUAUCAGUCAAACUUACACCAGAAGAAAUGUCCGAACUAGAAGCGAUUGCGUCGACCGAUGCUGUGAAAGGUGAUAGAUACAUGGCAGGCAUGUCCACUUUCAAAGGUGCUGACACUCCACCUCUGUCUUCCUGGAAAAGCGAAUAG